ACAGCUGAAGAUGGCGACAGAUUGAGGGGGGAUGGAAAACAGGAGACACCGAUCCAGGAUGAUCAGGAACGGGAAAAACGUUGCCCACCAAAAAAGAAAGAGGAAAGCAGAGUGAUUGUGUGUGCAGGGGAGGGCAGAGGCAGGCAGGAGAGCGGAGAGGAGGCGAGGCACCCCGACAGGAUGAGGAGGGCCAAGCGCUGACUGUGGGGAGAAGGAGUAUGCUUCUGCCUGGCUCCGCUCUGGGCUGAGGGGCUCGCUGUAUGGACUGGCAUUGGCGAACAGCAGCCUGGACAUGUUGAGGACCGUGGCGCUGAUUUUUCUUCCCGCAGCAACAUGCAAUGGCUGGUGGUAGCAUUUAGCAGCCCAGGAGGAGGUGGAGGUGGUGGAGGAGGGGAAGGCACUUCCUUGUUUCUAGCCAUGAGAAUGAUGCCCAUCAUCACACCAUGCUUCAGAGGAGGUAGGUGACAUUGUUGGGGGGAGUCUAUAAGAGGAGAGGAGCAAAGAGAACCACGCCGGAGACCGCAGUAGCCCCCCCACUCAGCCCCUAAAAUAUGAUCAGGGGGGCUUGGAUGUAUCCAAGAGAAGAUGACGCUGUGUUAAAAAUUUGUUGUGCACCAAGACAAAACGACAAACCCUGCGCUGAUUCCGAGAGGGCACAGAAAUGGCGAAUGUCUCUGGCAUCCCUUCUAUUUUUCACUGUCCUCCUCUCUGAUCAUCUGUGGCUCUGUGCUGGAGCCAAGCUCAGAUCCAAGGAUAGGAGCUUAGCCAUGCAGACGCCUUGGGGGGACGCAAGCCAGCGCGCCUUCCAGCCACAUUUCCUACUGACAGGGGAUCAACAGUCACAGGAGGGGAGGUGUGAGAUUUUUUUAAGCAAUUUGACCAAAUUUGCUGCUCCGAUCCCAUAUUGCACUGGUGCCCGGGGUCAUUUCGAUCUGGACUCAGCUUGCACCAAAUUGUAUUCCUUGCAGCGACUCUUGGGCUCUUUCCCUUCUGUACCCUUAAGGCCACCCCCCUCCUCCUCCUCCUCCUCUUCAUCAGCCUCUUUUUUUUCCUCUUCCUCCUCCAAAAUAAACUUCUUAAAGGCUUAUUUUAGGAACUUCAACCUCUCUUUUUGUGAUACUUACACGAUCUGGGACCUGCUGCUGGGCAUGGCCGGCCCAGACAGCUUGGAUUGCAGUUUGGACAACCUGAUGGUGGAUUUCGUGGCUGCUGCAGCCGGUGCUCUGGACGGAGAGGCGUGUAGCAGCUGCGUCCAGGCUUAUCAGAGGCUGGACCAACACGCUCAGGAAAAAUAUGAGGAGUUUGACCUCUUGCUGGAGAAAUACUUGCAAUCAGAAGAGUAUUCAGUUAGAUCCUGCAUAAGAGACUGCAAGAGCGAAAAUGUGAGAAUUAAAGGAAAAUGCAGCAAAAUCCGAUUGGAAAAAUCUGUGGCUUCUGCAAAAAUCCUGUAUAAAAGGACCCUGGCCAUAAAGAUUUUGGAGGUUCAAAUGAAAGGUGCUGCACUGACAGCUGUGGAGGGUGGGAUGUCUCUGUACACAACACAUACAGCACAGACAGGGGGGACAAACUUCCUCUAUAUGGUGGCUCCUGUCAACAUCCUUCAGCCUGACCUGGAGGAGAGGACCCCCGCUAGGGGUGUGAGAGUAACUUGGACUUCAUGGCCCACUCAGCCCUUGACAUCACUGCAGAGAAUGCCAGAAAGCAGGCCAAUUAGUGCCAGUUGUGGUGAUGGUGGCUUUUGUGAUCUGGAUACCUGCCCACGAGGAACUGGACUGAGACCCACCAAACCCAUUCACAAAAUGGCCAUUAAAGCCAUCAGAGAGUAA